AUGGCUUUAUUAAAUCGUUUAUGGACACAUUUUAGUGGUGAUACAAAACAAUUACAUAAACAAACAGAUGCAUUUAAAAUUGGAAUACUCGGUGCAGCUAAUAUUUGUAAUAUAGCAUUAAUUAAUCCAGCAAGUAAAUUAUCGAAUAUUUUAAUCUAUGGUAUUGCUGCUAGAAAUCGACAAAAAGCUGAAGCAUUUGCAAGAAAACAUCAUAUACCGAAAGUUUAUGAUAGUUAUGAUGAAUUAUUAGCUGAUCCCGAUAUAACUAUGAUUUAUAAUCCGUUACCUAAUGGCCUUCAUCAUCAAUGGACACUGAAAGCUUUACGUGCUGGUAAACAUGUACUCUGUGAAAAACCAUUAUCGAAUAAUGCUAAUGAAACACGUGAAAUGGUUGAAGAAGCUCAAAAACAAAAUCGUUUACUCGUCGAAGCAUUUCAUUAUAGAUAUCAUCCAUUUUGUAAUGAAACAUUGAAAAAUAUUAUUUCGAAUAAAGAUGAAAUUGGUUCUAUUCAAAAUAUCUCUGGUAUUAUGACUGUUUCAUCUUCAAUGUUUAAAAAUGAUGAUAUUCGAUUUCAAUAUUCUCUUGGUGGUGGAGCUCAAAUGGAUCUUGGUUGUUAUUUAGUAUCAAUGUGUCGUUUUAUUGUUAAUACUCACAAUAAUCAUAAUGAUAAUGAUGAUGAAGGUUCAUUUGAAGUUCAAAAAGCUGAACCAUUACGAAUAUCUUCAACAAAUCCUCAAAUUGAUUAUGGUAUGAGAAGUGAUUUAUUAUUAGAUGGUAUAAAAUGUAAUAUUUAUUGUGAAUUUACAAAUAAUUGGUCAUUUUUUAAACAACAAAUUAUAAUCGAAUGUGAACAUGCAAUAAUAACAGUUUAUAAUCUUAUUGCACCUGUUUUUUAUCAUUAUUUAACUAUACGAGAACGAAAAACUAAUCAAACACGUACAAUAAAAAAUUAUGCUGAUAAUCAGUCAACUUAUUAUUAUCAAUUAAAAGCAUUUAUAGAUGCUGUUAAAAUGAUUCAAGAUGGAAAUUCAAUUGAUAAAGCAUAUGAAAUAGUAUAUACAAGUAGAAAAAGUUCUAUUCGUAAUAUGGAAAUAAUUGAUGAAAUUUAUCGUAAAGCUGGACUUGUUGUACGAGGAACACCAAUUUAA